GUGUGUGAUCCACGUUGCUUUAUCGCCAUUGUCAUAACUAUCAUAUCAACGCCACCACCUCCACCACCACGGCCUCCGCCGCCGCCGCCAUCGUCAUCAUCAUGAUCACUUAUCUUCUCACACCAAUACACUUUCCACUACUGGUAUAAACUUCAUCAAGCGUCACACGUAACCGGCUUUGUCAGCUUCACUAAUGUCACUAGCAUUGUUAUCAUCAUCAUCAUCAUCAUCAUCAUCAUCAUCAUCAUCAUCAUUAUCAUCAUCAACAUCAUCAUCAACACCAUAGUCAUCGUCGUCGUCGUCGUCGUCAUCAUCAUUAUCAUCAUCAUCGCCGUCACCGAUACCAUUCUCACUAUUAUUACAUUACAAAACACAUUAUCAUCACCAUUAUCAAUAGCAGCAGCAGCAGCAGCAGCAGCAGUUGUAGCAGCAGCAGCAACAGCAGCAUCAACCUCGUCAUCGUAAUCAUCACCCGCCGUCCCCUUCAAUUUAUAAGUUUUUUUUUAUAUUUGUUGUUGUUUUUACCACUACUACUACUACUACUACUACUACUACUACUACUACUUCAACCGCCACCAAGUUCCACUAUUGUUAUUGCUACUACUGAUGUUAUUCAUGUGAUUGUUGUUGCUGUUGUUGUUCCAGUAGUAGUAGUGGUAGUUAGUGGUAAGUUAGUUGUUAGACGACGGGCUACUACUACCACCAUCACUUCCACGACGAAGACGCUGUUAUUUAUUUAUAUAUAUAUAUAUUCGUGUGCACACACAUAUAUAUAUAUUAUAUAUAUAUAUAUAUAUAUAGUAUAUACAUAUAUAUAUUCUCUUCACAACAUCUAUAGAUGCUGUUACUGUUAUCAUUCGUCCCGUCGUUAUCAUUCUGAUGUUUUUUCUUUUUGUUAAAAAACCCUAAAAAAAAAAAAAAAAUCAACGAUGUGAUAUAUAUACAUAUAUAUAUAUAUAUAUAUAUCUUUAUAUAUUUAAUUUUUUUUUGUAUCAGCAUGUCCAUGUUUGUCUUUACAGUUUAAAUAUCUCCCAAUGAAUGUUGUAUCAUUAUCAUCUUCGUUAUGUUAUAACUACUUUAUUAUUACAUGUAAGCAUUCCAACUCUUCCAAACAUAGCUAAAACUAACUGUAAACUUGCCUGUUUCCUUCUCUCUUUCUCUCUAUCUCUUGUUAUUAUUAUAAACAAACAAACAAACGACAUGUCGCUAACUUUGCGGCAACGGCUUCUACAUAUUCUUUUUGUAAUAACUACGGUACACUCAGCUGUUUUACGUGAUUACAAUUUGCCGGAUACACGACAAGGAGAGUUCCUUAAGCUUAUCAAGGAUUAUGAAGUGACUUUACCAUACCGAGUGAACUCAGAAGGCCAAUUUGAAACACACAUUCUACAUCCGGAACACCAUACGGUGAAGAGGAGUACAGAACCUGAAACAGUUCACUAUCAUGUGGUCGUCGAGAACAAAACGCUGCAUUUGCAAAUGAAAUUAAACGACAAAUUCACGUCACCUGGCAUGGUGGUCGAACGACUGAAAUCUCGCUUCAAAAAUGUUUCGGAUUCUACAUUUGUUCCAUACUGGAAACGGAAAUGUUUUUUCUCUGGGAAAAUAAAAGACCAUACGACUUCUAAUGUCGCUCUUCAAGUCUGUAAUGGAUUGACUGGCCAUUUGAAAUCCCAAGACGGUGAUUAUUUCAUAGAACCAAUAAAAGGACACUCAGUUGGUGCCAAUGGGAAACAUCCACACAUUGUAUAUAAACGUUCUGUCCUACCUCAAUUUAAGGAUAUUUCUGAUGGUGCUUCAGCUGAGAAAAAAGCGGAAUAUAAAUCAACCCCCUGUUCUGUUGGCGAUGAUGAGAACGUUGUGAAGGAAAACAAGGAAAGUGAAAGUGAAUAUAAUGAUCGGAAUGAUGAUGGUGGCUCUAACCCCGAUCUAACUAUUCCAGUCAAAAGAGUUAGAUCUAGGAGGCGGAUGAAACGAUCUAUUUCAUCAGAGAAACAUGUAGAAACACUUGUGGUUGUUGAUCCGAUUAUGAUGGAUUAUUACAAAAAUGAGGAUGUAGAGACAUACGUGUUGACUGUCAUGAAUAUGGUAUCCUCAUUAUUCCAUGACGCCAGUAUAGGGAACGCGAUCAACAUUAAGAUUGUUCGGUUGUUGUUACUGGAAGAUGAACAGGAAGGCCUGAAAAUUACUCAUCAUGCUGACCGAAGUCUUCGCAGUUUUUGUCACUGGCAGCGAAAGAUGAACUUCAAGGAAGACAGUCAUCCAAAUCACCAUGAUGUGGCAGUUCUUUUGACUAGACAUGAUAUCUGCAGCCGAAUAGACCGUCCCUGUAAUACCUUAGGACUUGCACAUCUUUCAGGCAUGUGUCAACCUCAGAUGUCAUGUAACAUCAAUGAAGAUUCUGGAUUAGCUCUUGCAUAUACCAUUGCGCAUGAGCUGGGACACAACCUUGGAAUGAAACAUGAUGGAGGUCGAAGCAAAUGUAUUUCAUCCAGUGAAAAUUCCUAUGUGAUGGCACCACAGAUGUUUGGUAGCAGUCGGCUUAGAAUUUGGUCUCCAUGCAGUAAGAAGGCUGUAACCAAGUUCUUUGAUCGUGACAGAGGUUACUGUUUGAAUGAUGAGUCAACUGUCUUUGAUUACGUCUUCCCAUUCUUACCUCCUGGCACCAUGUACAAUGCUGAUCAUCAGUGCCGACUGCAGUAUGGUCCCGAAGCUAAAGUCUGUGAUUCAGUUUCUAAUAUUUGCUCUUACCUGUGGUGUCACGUAAACAAGACUUGUACAACAAAGCGUGAGCCUGCUGCAGAAGGCACCAUCUGUGGCAGGAACAAGUGGUGUUUCGACGGUGAAUGUGUCACUAUUGGUGACCGACCUCAAUCUAUCAACGGAGAAUGGGGCGAAUGGGGAGAAUGGACGAAAUGCACAACGAGUUGUGGUGCUGGCGUUUCUAACAGGCAGCGUUACUGUGACAAUCCACCACCUUCUCAUGGAGGAAAGUACUGUAUUGGAGAGAGGAAACGAUACAGAAUCUGUAAUACAGAGCCAUGUCCUGAAGGUAGCCGUACUUUCCGUGAAGAGCAGUGUGCCAAGUACAACAAUAUAGAGUACGAUGGUCAGUUGUACCAGUGGGAACCAGUCAGAAUGCAAAGUUCUCCAUGUCAACUUUAUUGCAAAACUCGAGAUGUCAAACUCUCAGUGUUGAAAGCAGAUAUGGCAGCUGAUGGUACCCGCUGUUCCUUGAUUGGUCGUAACAUAUGCAUUAAUGGACAAUGCCGGCGUGUUGGCUGUGACUGGGUUCUGGAAUCUUCAGCCAAGGAGGAUCGGUGUGGUGUAUGUCAUGGAGAUGGUUCCACAUGCAAGACAAUAAAAGAUCAAUUCAAUGAAACUAAAGGCAGUGGAUACCAAGAAGUGAAAAUGAUCCCAGCAGGGGCUCGAAAUAUAUUUGUCAAUGAAUUGAAAGGUGCACAAUCUGCAGAACACAACUAUCUAGCCCUGCGUAACCAGAAUGGAGAAUACUAUUUGAAUGGGGGAUGGUUUAUUGAAUGGAGUGGUGACUAUGAAAUAGCUGGCACAAUUGUCCAUUAUUCACGUGAAGGAGAUGUUGAAAGCUUCAAUGCUGUUGGACCUUUAAAAGAACCACUAACAAUUAUGUUGUUACUGCAGUCGACAAAUCCUGGAGUUGAGUUUGAGUAUACUGUGCCAAAUGAGAAUGCUAGCCACCGAAUUCCAGAAUUCAGUUGGCAGUAUACAGAUUGGUCACACUGCACUUCUUCAUGUGGUGGAGGUACUCAACGUUCUGUUGUAAUAUGCACCGAGAUGGAAGCUGGUGCUGUGGAUGAAAUGUACUGCAAUGCUUCAAUGAAACCAGAUGACAAGCAACGCAAAUGCAAUGAACAUCUUUGUCCUGCGAUGUGGUGGGAAGGCCCAUGGCAACAUUGCUCUGUAACCUGUGGCUCAGGGGUGCAACGGCGAACAGUGAUGUGUGUGAGAAGUUUUGGUGACAAAGAACAAAUGGCCCUGGAUGAUUCAGCAUGUGUUGGGCAGAAAAAGCCAAAUCAUGAGAAAGAAUGUCACCAUACAGAUGUCCUUUGUCCUAAAGUUACUCGAUGGAUUAGUAGUCCAUGGGAUGAUACUUGCACGGAUAAUCCAUGUGGCUGGAAAAAACGAGAGGUUGUUUGUGAAGAUCCGAUUAUUGGAUGUAACAAUGCUACAAAAUUAGCCACGAGUGUCCGUUGCUCUAACAUGAUAUGUGGACACUGGUCUGUCAGUGACUGGUCUUUGUGUUCCAGAUCAUGUGAUGGAGGCUUUCACUAUCGAGAUGUUACAUGUGUUGGUAUGGAAUUAUGUGAUCUUGAUCUAAAACCAAGCUCCAAGAAACAUUGUAAUGUACAAGAAUGUACAGAAAUGUUGCCCCCCACGAUAAAUAAGUUAAACUCCGAUUCACAAUCUUCAUCCACUUCAUCGCCACAGCCAUCAUCCCCAAUGACAACAACUGUACCAACAACAGCAGCAAUAACCACCACAACAACAACAACACCAACAACAACGACACCAACAACAACGAUGACAACAACGACGACGACGACAACAACAACAUCAUCCCCUUCAUCUACUUCAACAUUACCACCAACAACAACCACUAUAAAAACAACCUCAACAGUGCGACCAAAUCUAAUUGUACCUACUCUGACAAGAAAAACAACUCUUGGCGUUCCAAGGAAAACCAUACCUAAAACAUCUGCAAAAACUACAGUAUCUACUACUACUAGCAGCAUUGCUACCUCACUAGCUGUUUCCACAAGGCCAGUCACUAGACGCAGUAAGACCAAACAUAUUUUAUCAACAACUCCAUCAAUUUUGAAAACAACUUUGUCAAAUGCAAAUAAAGGCAAAAAGAAAGAACAGCGUCCAGGCCACAGAAGUGAUGUCAGUGAUAAACACACUGAUAAUUUCGUUGGCAAUGAUACCAGAAAAGGCCAUAAGAACAAAACAAAUAAAAUUCAUACAGAGGAUCUACCUUCAGUUCCUACAUCCAGACCCACAAAAGAAGGUAGUAAAAAUAAAUCAGUUACAAGUAAUGUAUCACAUGAUAAUAACAAAACCAAAGACAAAUCACCAAUUAAGAACAAACCACCUCCGUCUCGAUAUCAAUGGACUUUCAGAAAAUGGACUCCUUGUGACUUCUUGCAUCCACAACAAAAAUGUGGCCACAGCAAUAGAAGCAGAGUUGUGUACUGUGUUGAUAGACGUUCACGCCGCUCUCCAAUUGUACCAAGUUACAAAUGUAAUGUUUUGAUUAAACCACCUGAAUUAAAGGCAUGUUACACUCCUUGUAAAGAAUGGAUGACUGCAAGUUGGUCAAUGUGUUCAGCAACAUGUGGUGAUGGAAUGCAGUGGAGGAAAGUUAAAUGUCCACAGGCCAACCAAUGUGAAUUACGCAAAAAGCCUCAAGUUAAUCGGAAAUGUAAUAUUGGUACCUGUCCAUCGAUGUGGAUUACCGGAUACUGGUCAAAGUGCACCAAAACUUGUGGAACUGGUGACCAGAUUCGUCUGGUGAAAUGCCUUGAUAUUGCAUCACGUCAACCGACUGAAGAUUGUGACCCAGCUACAAAACCGAUCAUACGCAGAAAAUGUCAGAUCCAACACUGUCCAAAGAAGAAACAUCAAUAUCUGGUCAUCUCUGGCAUGAUGGUGUUGAUGUUGGUCACAUUAGUAGUGGCAAUUCUUUUAAAUGUGGGAAACCUGAAAACGAAAAUCUUAACUUAUGUCGCAAGCUCAGGGAAAGAGGUCGCUGCAAGCAUGUCUUCGUCAACCAAAUCUGCUGUAAUACAUGUCAAGGAAUCAGUAUAAAUUCUAGAAAGCGCAACCGUAUACGGUCAUGAUGGCCCAACCUUUUUCCUUUUUUUUUAAUUUUCAAUUUGUUUUUGUCACAGAUUUAUUGCAAAAAAAUUAGUAAAAAAUAUUUAAAAAGUUAAAAUAUAAAAUCGAAAAAAAAAAAUUAAAUCAUUCUUAAAUUAAAAAAAUAUAUAAUAUUCACUAUAUCACAGACAAAAUGUGAACAAAAAAUUGAAAACACUGGAAACAAAAAACAAUUGACGAAAUCAUUUUAGGAUGCAAAAUGGAAAAGGAAAAAAAAAAGAAAAAUGUCUAUUUAUAGAAACAUUGCUAAAGUAAAUGUCAUGUCAAAAAUAAGUUAAAUAUUGGAGAAAAAAUGGAGGAAAUAGAGAAUGAGAUAGGACUCCAAUAAAGGACUGCAUUUUGGAGCAAUCCAGAUAUAAACACUAAAAUACAUAUGCAUCAUACAUAUGUAUUUAAACAUGUUUUCUCAUGUGUAUGUAUGUGUGUGUGGGUAUAAGGUAUAUAUAAUAUACAUAUGCAUAAAAUAUACACUAUAUAUAUAAUAUAUGUAUAUGUAUGAUAUAUAUAAUAUACAUGUGUAUAAUAUAUAUCAUAUAUAUGUGUAUAGUAUAUAUCAUAUAACUAUGUAUAAUAUAUAUAUCAUAUAUAAUAUAUACUAUAUACAUAUAAUACAUAUACAUUUGAUAUAUCUAUAUAGCAUAUAUAUAAUAUACAUCAUAUAUUUAUACACACACACAUAUAUAUACAUCCAUUUGAUAUAUAUAUAUAUAUACAUACAUGCAUAUAUAUAUAUGUAAAUUUGGUAUAUAUACAGACACAUUAUAUAAGCAAUUAUAUAUGCACAUUUUAUAAUAUAUAUACACACACAUAUAUAUAUAUAUAUAUAUAUACACACACACACAUAUACAUAUAUAUAAACAUUUGAUAUAUAUAUAUUUCUACACACACAGAUAUAUACUUUUGAUACAUAUACAUAUAUAUAUGCACAGCUAGUUGCCUGUAUCCAGCAAAAGAAUGUGUAUAAUAUACACAUUCAUUCACACACACACACACACAUAUAUAUAUAUAUAUAUAUAUAUAUAAAGUCUUUUGUUUUACAUUUAAUUUUAUUUUGUUGACAUGCAUUUAGCACUGUAUUAACACAAUAUAUACAGUAAGCAUGCUCUGGCACUACAUCCAGCAUUGGUAUAUAGGUGUCAUUUUCUUUUGCUCCUUAUGUAUUGUCUCACAUUUAUCUCACAUUUUCCUUUCUUCUAUUAUUGAAAUUGUUUUUGAUACUAUUAAUGCUGUUGUCAUUAUUAUUUUUAGUCAUUAUUAUUAUUAUUAUUAAUUAUUAUUAGACAUGUGAUGGUUCAGAAUCAGUACCGUGCUGGAUAAAUAUGCUUUGCAAUACACAGUUAUGUCUCAAUGCUUUUAUAUCUUUGGACGCUGUUGUUGAAAUUUGCCUUUCAUACUUGUGCUUCAAGUACUGGGGUUAAAUAAACUGACUACACCCCUCUUUGAAAUUUGUGGUUUUAGACAAUAUGAAAGAAAUUAUUAUAUUUACUGUUAUCAUUAUUAUUAUGUGGUGAGCUGGCAGAAUUGUUACAACACCAGGAUAAAUGAUUAGCAGCAUUUUGUCCAUCUUUACAUUCUGAAAUCAAAUCUGGCUGAGGUGAACUUUGCCUUUCAUCCUUUCAAGGUCGAUAAAAUUAGUACUAGGUGAGAACAGGGGUUGAUGUAAUUGACUUACCCUUUCCCCCAAAAUUGUUGGCCUUGUGCCAAAAUUUCAAUCAUUAUUAUUAUUAUUAUCAUUAUAUGUUUGGCUUUUGCUUUGAAGUCUCGGCCAAAGACUUCAAGUUGGUGUUAUGACUAGGGAGCCAUAUUUUUGGUUUUGCAUAAAGUAUUGUUCUAGAGGAUGUCGGUAAAAACAUAAGACAAUUAGAAGUUUGUUCUAAAAAGUAAUUUGAUUAUAAGAUGAUAGUGCGAUGUUAAAGUUACAAUAUUAUUAUCAUAUUCAAAUUCCACCAAGGUUAACUUUGCCUUUCAUCCUUUUGAGAGUCGAUGAAAUAGGUACCAAUUGUGCACUGGGGCCGAUGUAAUCAACUAGCCCCCUUCCCCAAAAUUUCAGGCCUUGUGCCUAGAGUUGAAUUAUUGUUAUCGUUAUUAUUAUUAUUCAUUGCCAUUAGAAUGAUAGUUGGCCUUGAUUGUGUUAAUAAAGUUAUACUGAGUGGUUUACAAGAUCCAAAGUUUGACAGCUUUGCAGGUUUAAGUUUAAAUUAUUUCGAAUUUUCAUUCUGCUAGGCUGUAAUAUAUUGAAGUCAGUCCUAUAUGCUACAAGCUUACAUGUGUAAUUUUACUUUAUGGUUUGUCUAAAGAGAACAAUCCUGAUACAAUCAUCCUUAUAUUCACCAUAACUCUUUUUUUAACACUGCUAUCUUAGCAAAACAAUUAAAGAUUACCAACCAAUGUGAUUAUUAUAUGUAGUGGCAAAGAGAUGGCAAAAAUGACUGAAACAAUGUAGCUUUGAAAAUAACCAUAACAUGUAUGAUAUAUAACUUGAAAGUUGCAAAAUAUUCUCAUUGAUUUUAAUACAGCAACUAAAAUAUUGAUAAUUGUCCACUUAGAGCUUGAAAUAACAUAUCAAGUAGAAUAAUGUCUAGGAGAAAAUAAAAGAAGACAAAAUGAAAGAAAAAAGAUGAUGUGAUGUCUCUCAAGUAUACACACAUGUAUAAAUACGUAUAAACUCAGAGAAACAGUUGAAGAUAUAACAAUAUCAAAAUAAAUAUACCUAAAGCCAUGAGCAAACUAAUCUAAAGACUACAUUUAUAAACAGAAUUGUAAAAUGCACGAACAUUUGUGAGCAUUGACAAAAUGCUCACACUGACAAGUCUCAAUACUCAAAGAAACUCAUUGAAAAUAUGCUAUAGAAAUAUCAUUACUAUAUGUACAAAAAUAUUGGCUGGUGCACUGUAGAAAUAUGAAUAUAUGUUUAGCCAUCCAUAAAGGAAGGAAAUGAUCAGAGCAAUGUUCAGACAAUCAAAUGGCUAGAAUCACCCAGAGACCAAUAAAAUGUCUACAACUAUCAACAAAUCAAUGAAAUGUUUGCAACCAUCAAAUUGUUGUCAUUAUUAAUAGCCCUGUUACAUCAUUCGAGGCUAGGUCUUUGAAUUCACUUGUGUAAUAUUACUGGCAAUAACACCUACCAAUUUUUUUAAUUGUAAUUCAGCUUUUUGGGUAAAACAUAUAUCUGUUUUUGUAUGUGUGUGACUAUAUGUGUGUGUGUGUGUGUAGGUUUAUAUUUUCUGCUAGAACAUAAAAAAGAAAAGCAUUACAAGUGAGUUGCUUAACAGUCUUUAAAAUAAUGUCAAAACCAACAAAGAAUUGACGUUUUAAGUCAUAAACCAAGGGAAUAUUUACAAACUUCGAUAGACCAAUGAAAUACCACUUUUGAUUGAUCAAUCAACUGUUUCCAAUGUUUGAUGAGCUAAAGAAAUGUUUAGAGCCACAAACUGGUGAAUAAAACAUCAUCAGUCUAUGUGUCUAGUCAAGAAGGACCAUUAUUCUCCGCUGCUCUAGUUUACUUGUUUGUUUCAAGAGGAAUGUUUUAAAGAGAGUCAACAAUCAUAGUAAACUCUUUGAUUCAGUGCAGGUACAAUUGAAUUAAAUGACUAUAUAUAUAUAUAUAUAUAUACAUACAUACACCUACAUACAUAUAUAAUUAUAUAUAUAUAUAUAUAUAUAUAUAUAUAUAUAUACUCAAAUACAUAUAUACUUAUAUUUAUUGAUCAUAUAUAUAUAUACACACAUACAUAUGUACUUAUAUACAUAUAUAUAUAUAUAUAUAUAUAUAAAUGAAAAAAGAAAUGGAGAUUUACGAUUGACACAUUUUAAUUUAUUAACAUAGCAUUAUAUUAUUACUACCAUUAUUAUUAUUUUAUAACAUGAAUAUUAUAAUCCUACAUUUGUUUCAAUUCAGACCGAAUAAUCACACACACACACGUAUGUAUGUAUGUAUGUAUUUAUUAAUAGCAAAAUUAGCACCUAAAACAAUUGUGGCAAGAACAUAAUAUUCUGGUGGAAGACUGACUGUUUUAGUUGUGGCCAUAUAACACAGCAGCAACUGGUGAUGUUGCUAUGGAACUGAAUGCAUCCAUAACAAGAGACAUUGUAUUCCUGAAGUAAAACUUUAACUGGUGGCGAAAAUUACAAACAAUUUGACAAAGCAGUUGCUACAAUACAUUACUGUCUUGCAAAUAAAUAGCUAUGAUAUUGUCAUUAAAAAUAUCCCUGUUAUUAUCA